CAGGAAGCGGAUACGGUGAAGUCAUUCUCAUGGAGGUUGGCUGGGGAACAAGAAUGGUGGCUUGCCAACGACUGUGUCAUAUGCUGUUAGCGCAGUGCACCCCAAGCCGUAGGGCCAACCUUUAAUUAUCAAUCACCGUUCACCACACACACGUUGCCUCUCUUACAGUCACACAUAAAUUUCAGUACUACACGUCUAUUUAAGGGCACAAGAAUCCCUUGAAAUCGUCAUUCAACAGCUUCCCUUGCUCGCUCUCGCCAAUUUACAGUAGUACAGAACAGGUCCAGUUCCCAAUCCCAUGGCUGCAAAUGCGCUGUCUUUCAGGAGUGUCUCCAAAGUGCGGUCAUUCAGCAGAUGCUCCAAGCCGCUAAGAGAGCAGCGGGCGCGCCUUUAUAUCAUUUGGAGAUGUACGGUGCUGCUCGUAUGCUGGCAUGACUGAGCUUCAGAUGUAUGUAGCGUAGCGGAAAUGGGGCAGGGACGGUCAUACUGAUGACCGUCCCUGAACGGUUAAUGGUCAUGAUCUGCCCUCAAAAAUUUGUGCGGCUGAGAUCACAAGUUGUAACUCGAUUUUCAUGUCAUGUGUGGGUCCCACAAAAAUUUGCUGUAAAGCUUCGCGACGUGCAAAAUAAAGUUACGCGAUGUACAAAGAAAGUUACGUACAAUUGAAAAUGAACAAAAUCGUCCGGAACGAUUGCACCUGCAACCGUCCGUGCCCCUUGUCCGUAGCGUAGCAGGCAGGAGCACACUGCACAACUCAACACACUAGUGUAGUGUGAUUACUCCUCAGUGUUGUAAAUUUUGACACAUGAUUUGGUCAUCCUUGUAUAGUUCAGUUUUGACCAGAGAUGGCCACGACGUAUAGUCAGUCAGUCUCCAUUAGUCGAGAAGUCGAGGGUAUGAAUUUAGAAGCCGGAGUACGAAAUCACGAACACAUGAUAGAAAAACCCAAUCUUUUUAUCAUGUCCUUUCGGCUGCACCUUUCGGAACUUUCUGAUUUUCCUGUAAAGACGGUGAAUGUUUUGAUUGUUCUUUUCAUCAAAUUGGUUACGAUAUAAUGGAAAAGCAGUUCCAAAGUCUUUAAAGGAGUUUCC